AUGUCUCCCAACACGAAGUUUGGUCUUGCUUCAGGUGUAGACCAAAUCGCUCCGAUACAGUUUCCCAGCAGGCGCAAGUACACUUCUAUCAGCAACGGACAAGGAGGUGUUCUAGAGACUAUGGAAAUGAACCCCUACCUGCCACCGAGGGUCAAACACCAUUCUCCAUGGGAAGAUUAUAGAAAGGAGUUCGGUUGUGAGCUCGCAGGUGACGCUGUGGCGGUUAUCCAUAAACGGGAACCUUCAAAAGUCUUCUUACUGAGGUGCUACCCUCAAAGCAUUGGAGAUCAGAUGUUGCAAUGGUUUACCCAACUUCGACAUCCAAAUAUCAUGUCCGCAAAAGAAUGCUUCUCUGCUGAAAAUUCGUUCUAUGCUCUGUGUGAAGAUCUCCCUCUGACUUUAGAGCAUCUCAUUGUUUGUCGUGCCUACCCCACUGAAGCCCAACUGGCCUUGAUCCUAAAACAGGUAAUUCUCUCCUCUCUCUUCCAGGGCACAAUUAACCAUGAGGAAGAUAUUGGAAGGCCUCUCUUACCUGAUGGCGGAAAACCUGGACCACCAGUCGUUAACUGCCUCCAACAUUCUAAUGGGGCUCGACGGGGUCGUGAAGAUGGGUGGGGAUGUUCAUUAGAAGACAUUCGGUCCCGCAACCAAAACCGCGAUCAACGCGAAACUUUGAACGCUUUGGCGACAGUUACCAUGGAGCUAAUGGAAAAACACACGAGAAAGAGUGAUGCACCCGGUGUGAAUGACCUGGACCGUUGGCCUGCGGACUCGAACGCGGUGAAGUUUCUAGCAACCAUUGAAUCUGCCCGUAAUGUUGAUGAAUUGAGCAAGACCCGUGUGGUUAAGGUCACAGUGCCUACAGAAUCUUUCUUCAACUUCUUCUCUCCACCUAAGCCUCCUGCCGAUGAAGAUGACGCCAUCAGUGAUAUUGAGGAACGACUGGAGCUCGACUACCAAGAUCCUGUUGAACAGUCUUUGGUUCAGUAG